CAGAAGGACAGGUAAGCCAGGGGAGAGGGGGGAGCAACACAGGGGAGGGAUUUUUGCGCCCAGUGGGUUUCCUUCUCUUUAACUGUGAUGUGAGUGGGCGGGGCUUGGUCACCAGGGUGGGCGGAGCCCAGGGGCCCUGUGAUUUCUAAUGGCGGCCCUGCAACUCCUCCCCCAGCCGUGUCACGUGCCCUCAAUACAUGGCUUCACUCUCCCAUGGCAAAGGGGCGCCCCCAAAUAGGGCAAAUUCACGUGAAACCCUGAGCCGGCGUCACUUGGCGGGAAGAUCUGAGGCACAGACUGACUAUACUAAAUAUUCUCACUGACACGGGCUUUUCUGUAUGUCCCGUUUAGCGGUGAGAGCCCGGGGCAAAGUUCACCUGAGCCGCACUCUAAUCCUUCCCCUAGUGUCACAUAGAGAGGCCGCGUCACAGCGAUGACAUAACGCUACAGAGUCAUUGGGAGGCGGGAAUCCAGUCCGUUUGUUAGUGAGCGCCCCGCCUUCUCCUCAGCGCUAAGCGGCCAAUCAAAGCCCGGACUGGAUUCCCACCUUCCAGUUUAGCCUGGCGCUCUCCUCGCACUACUUCUUCUUCAUCGCUCGCCUCCUCCCCGUUGCAUUGUGGGUACUGUAGUUCUAACCGCGCCGCUUGAAAUGUGGGAACUACGGCUCCCAGCAUGCUGUGUGCCUCGGAGAUUGCGCUUCCAGGUCAGCGCGGCUCUAGUCUGUUCGUGGCCGAGAGAGAAAGCUGGCUGCGGGGAGCACGAAUCCGGUGGGCCAUCCCGUAUCUCGCACCCCUUAGUUGUACUGUGGCGGGUCACGUGACUGCCAGCUGGACCCCCGGCAGGGAAGGAGGGCUGAGCGCUGCCAUGGAGCUAGAGCAGGGCAUCGAUGUUGGCGCAGAAGUGGAGCUGAAGGACGGGAAUGUUCCUCUGGAUGAGCCCAUUGCAUUAAGACUGGAAAACAAGCAGGAUUUGCCAGCUUGGCAUUCUCUACAGUAUUUUGAUGACUCGAGUAGUGAUGAGAGCUUGGAUGGCGAUGCUGUUGUUUCCUCAUCUUCUGAUGACGAGAAUCCAGAAGCGGUAUUUAUAGAACCUGCUGUCAAAAUUGAGAGCCAAGAACAAGUGAAUCAGAAGAUCGAGAACAUUUCCAUUCUUGAAGAACCACAACCAGGGCUUCACCCUGAUAACCCAUUGACUGAUGCUCAGACGGUACUUUGGAGCAAUGAAUGUGUUCAGGAUCAAGUUUUUCCUUUUGUGGAGGAACUAGUUGUAGCAGAAACGACUACAGAAGAAAAUGUGAGCCAAUCCUCUGUCUCCCAUCAACCUUCUUCAAAUGCUGAUGAUGCCUCCUCAGAAAUGUUGUCCUCCCAAAAAGAGGACAUGGGAUCUCCUCUAGAUAUUACUUACUGCAGUCUAGAUGCUCACAGAAAUAGCCCUGGAAAGUCAUCCAUCAAAAACCACAACUGUCCAAGAUGCGGCCGCCAAUUUCGAAGGUUUUCUGAUUUAGAAAAGCAUUUUUGCUUGAAGAUGGUGGACUUCCUCCAAAAAAGCGGCCAUAUGGCAGGUCAUGGAACGAGCUCUUACAAUGAUUCGGAAAGGGCGUUGGAGCAAGUGUGCGAAAGGGCUCAGAAGGAGCUUAAGAUAGCACAGCAAAUGAACGAGGAAGAGAUUCAAACAUUUGUUUUAGGGGACACGCUAGACAAUUCAUCAGACAGUGAGAAAGGCUAUUCAACUGAUAGAGUAAUAGCAUCCAAAAGCAAAUCUAAUAAGCAGACAAUGCCCCUUCAGUUUAACUGUGACAAAUGUGGGCGUCAGUUUGGAAGAUUCCGAAAUAUAGCCAAGCAUACAUGUUGGGGUAAAGACCCCAAUUUAGCCAACCUGCAGACAAGCACUAUCAAAGUAGGCUCAUUGGAAUACUUAGUGAAAGGGAAACAGGGCACCAGCAGCAACACAGAACAGCGCCCCUCAACAUCACAAGGCCAGGCAAGUAAGAUGCCUCAGAGGACACCCACAGGAAAAAUCAUAAACAACAAUUUCCCCCCUGGCACUGCCAACAAGUCCUACACAUGCCAGCAGUGCGGGAGAGUGUUCGAACGAAGUUGUGCUUUUUCUACCCACAUUCGUUGGCAUUUAAAAGAGUCAGAGCUGGAACUUCGUGCUAAAAUCCACGACCAAAAGGUAAAUCUUGCAAAAAAAGCGAUUGUGAGUGAGGGUGGAUCUUGGCAAACAAUGAAAAAGCCGGUCAUCGGUUUUGAGGAUGUAGAUUUGCCUUUCUCCUGCGAUGAAUGUGGCCGUUGCUUUAGACACAAGGGCAACUUGGUGAAACAUCUCAACUGGCACAUGAGUCAUAACUUCCAUGUUGCUGCCAUGAAGGAAAAGAACCUUGGGUUGGGCAUUUAUCCACCUGAGCCAUAUUUUCCAGAUCUCCAGUACACCCCGGAAAUGUUGGCUAGCAUGCAAGAUGAGGACGACAAUGCCAUUGGUGAGGAUGAAAUAAUCCACCAUUUCAUUGAUGAAGACUUUGUCCGGGCAUCUGAUACUAAAAAAACAGCCCGGGAAAAACAGAGGAGCCGUUCUGCUGCUGGAAAGGGAGAAACAAAGAAGUCUCUUCCACGAUCCAUGCCGCGUGAGUUCAUGGUUCGAUUUUCCAAAAGGCCAAAGCCACCUCUCAAGUGUCCGGACUGUGGCGUGCGCUUCUACCGGCUCUCGCAACUUAAGAAACAUCAGCGCCGGGCUUCUGGUCGCAAAGUUACAGUCAAAAGAAAACACAAGUGUGAUUGUGGCAAAUCCUCUGUCGGGUCGCUGCAUUUCCUGCGGCACCAGCUGCAGCACUUGAGCGACACUGGAUUUAUCUGUGAAAUGUGUGGACAGGCUUUGUGCGGGUACCACCAGCUCCGUGCGCACAGCUGGAUCCACCCUCUCGUGUCACGUUUCCAGUGCAGCUGUGGGGCAAAGUUUUCUCAGCUCCCCAGAUAUUUAUGGCACUCCUUGAUGAACAAUUCAGAUCCAAAAAAGAAAGAACGGAAGAACAAAAAGAAAGCAAAGAAGGGUAAAAAACAGAGAAAGACUCCAGCAUAGUCUGCUUUUUGGGGGGGGUUCGUUGUGUGUUGUUUUUUUUUUAUGUAGUGUUUUUUGUAAUAUUGGCCCACACCAUGUAGGUUAUUCAUAGCCUGAUUCUGACCAGUUUAGUGCUGGUCCUUUUCCAAGCAUUUCUACUCAUGACCAACUGCAGAUGCCAUGCUGUUUUAAGGUAUAAAGACUAGCAUGGGACAAGAUUGAUUUCACAUUUAAAUAAUUGGUAUUUUUUUUCCAAAUAAACAUGAACUAAAAUGUAACUCUUAUGGAACUGAUUCUACUGCCUCAUAAAACGGAGGAUUUUACUUUUCAAUGAAAUCCCUCUUCGUCCUUGAGAGGAUACUGUACUUUGCAUUGAUAAGCAAUCCGAUUCCUCAUAAUUUUAGAUACUAUUGUAGAGAUGGGUCAUUUCUGGGCACUACCAGUCCAAGCAUCUCCUCACGCCUCUAGAUCUGGCUGUGGUGUUGUGGGACUUCAGAGUGUACAAUUCAUGAGUGAAAGUCCACCAAUGUCUACCAUUCCAAGGUUUUUCGAGCGGUGGGAAUUCUAUUCCCAGACGAGGCCAUGAUGACCAGAGUAAUGUGAAUGAAUGCUGGAUGUUUUUAAAUAUUAUAAUACUGUAAACUUCAAAAAUCCUAAAUUAUUCCUCCAUGCGUUGUGCCAGUGGGAGUUGACUUUGAAACGUGGCGUGAAGCAUAACGUUUAUGAAAUACAUUUUUAUAGAUGCUAUGCAGAAUUAGGAAGCUUUUUAUUAACCAUGCAGCUUCGGUUCUAUACUUAAUAGCAAUUUCCCUAUACGAUAACAUCUCCCUUUUCUCUGUCCUGUUUCGUUAAGUUUUAGCCUGUUUGUUGCUUCUGCUAAGCUUGGCUCAGACACAGACCUCAUUCACAGUAUGACUCUGAAAGGGAUACUCCUAGGCAGAUUCAAAAAUAAAUAAAUAAAUAUAUAUAUAUAUAUAUAUAUAUAUAUAUAUAUAUAUAUAUAAAUAAAUACAUACUUAUGACUAGGAACUUUUAACAUCAGAAGCUAACUUUGAGAGCAACAUGGUCUUGGAUAGGCACCGUUCUUCCAUACCCUUAAUCCUUUACAAACACUGAGCACCAGUGCUUGUGAAUGACCUACAACGCCACUUCUUAGCUGGCACGUUCAUUGACAUACAGUGUUGGACUGGGGUGAGGAGCCCACCAGGACUAUCACUUCUGGUUCGCCCGGCCCACACACCAAUAAUGGCACCUGAAGCCAGAAUACACUUGCUACACCCCCCAUGUGCCAUGUCUCCUGUUUACCUUUACUUGUGGGCGAGGGAAGAGUGCACUACGUUCUAGAUCAGAAUGUAACCCACCAGCGGAAGGGCCCACCGGGUUAUUUUUCCUAAUUUCCUAUCAGCCCAGUCCGACCAUAUUGACAUAGCUCCUGCCCCGCUAUCCUAUUGUUGAUGUAGGGUUUCAAGGUAGGACAAAUGUGUGCCCCAGGACUUGGCAAACCCUGAAGAUAGCUCCAGAGACAGUGGGGGCUUGAGCUAUGUCCGUGAGCAAGUGAAGGGGUACAAAAGAUGUGAGAUUAGGAGGUAAUGGGAAUGAGUAACGCAAUUGUUUGCACUUUGUAGCUUCUCAUUGCUUACAGAAACUUGCUGUCUUAAAUGAUUCCAAAAGUUACCCCGGGUGACAGAUUUCUGUUUGCACUUUGAGCACUGCUGCUCUGCAUGGCAUAGUUGGUGUUGCCAGCUACUUGCUUUUCCCGGAAAGUCCAGUCCCUGGUAGCCAAGCCCCCUUACAGAGAUACAUUUCAUUUUACAAGUUAUUUUUAUACUGACGCUAUUUUUCAUAAAUGUCAUCGUUGGGGACAGUUUGUGUAAAGAAGAAGUAAAGACACUGUCCGCCAUGAAUGCAACGUUAGUCCAUUGCAGGUAUGGCAGCACAUGCACCCCUUGUUACAUUAAAUAACAGCAAACACUACAUGCCAAAGCAGUUCAUGUUGUCUAUAUGAGUUGUGCCACUCUGUGAAUGUCCAGAUAUACCAUCCUCUAUCUCUGCUAUUGAAACUGCAACGUGGUUGGGUGACAGUUGGAGAUUAUCAUGCUUUUGUAUCUCUGCCCUGUACAAUACUUCAUAUGCCUCAUUGGUGCAUUGGAGAGAGUAGUUGAUUCUAGUCAUAUCCUGUAUACUAGGGAUGCACCAAAUCCAAUAUUUUAGGAUACGCCCGAAUCCUUCGUUAUAGAGUCGGCCAAAUAUCAAACCGAAUCCGAACCAUAAUUUGCAUAUGUAAUUUAGGGAAACUAGGGCGAAAGAGAACUGCGCACGUGCGAGUGGUUCGGCCAGGCACUUGGAUUCGGACAAAUCCAACUGAAAAAGGCAGAAUCUUGUCUGAAUCCCGGAAUCCUGGAUUUGGUGCAUUCCUACUGUAAACUGCUGUAUUUACUAUGAAUAUUUUAUGUUCUGCUGAAAUUCAACAUUUACCUAUGAUUCUUUGUAUGGCACAGCAUGCUCUUUUAUCGAUAAUAAAAAUGAAUUUCCUUUCUUAA